UCACAGCGACCUGACAAAACAACAUGAAAUUAGCUUUAAAAUGGAUAAAGGCAGUAUUAUUGGAAAUUAUGAAGUAAAUGGUAGAUUUUUUUUCUUUCCCAUAAAUGGGAGAGGCAAAAGUAAUAUGACUAUUGUCAACAGUGACGUAAUAUUAAAAUUCAAUGGUACAUCAUACAAAAAGAAUGGCGGCACUUAUAUGAAAGUUGAGAAUAUAAGAAUAAGACUUAAUCCAGGACGUGUUUAUUUCAAUUUUGAAAACUUAUUUAAUAGUGAUAAAGAACUAAGCAAUAAUAUGAAUUUAUUCCUUAAUGAAAACUGGAGGGAAAUAUUUAUCGAAAUGCAAGACUCAGUAAACAAAGUUUAUAGUGAUAUUUAUAGUGAAAUCAUAACUAAAGUAUUUUCUAAAUUUUUUCAGUCAGUUGAUCAGUCAGUCAAUUAG